CGGCUAACCAGUCUUAGUCGCUCUGGUUCUUGUGAUCUUCGAGCUCUGUACUGGAUCUAAACCGCCACCGAACACCAUGAACGCCGUUCUCUCCACCGUUCUAUUCGCCCUCUUCUCGGCGGCUUCCGCGGGCUUCAUCGGCGGCUACAGUGGCUACGGGGCAGGCCUCGGUGCCGUAGGUAGUGGCGCUGGACUAGGAGGUGGAUAUGGCGCCGGCUACGGCGCUGGUCUCGGAGGCGCUGGCGUCGGUGGUGCCGGUUACUCGGUUGCUGCUGCUCCUGUAGCUGUCGCCGCCGCCCCGGCCGUUCGCAGCACUUCCUACAGCAGUAGCGCAGGAGGCGCGGCGAUCCUUCACGGAGGCGCAGCUGGUGGUCUCGGAGGCGCUAGUCUCGGUCUGUUCUCGGGUGCCGGCCUCGGAUACGGAGGCGGCCUUGGCUACGGAGGUGGUCUCGCCUACGGAGGCGGCCUCGGCGGUGGUCUCGGAUACGGCGCUGGAGUCGCCGUCGCUCGUCCCGCCGUCGCCGUAGCCGCUGCUCCCGCCGUGGCCGUGGCUCGUCCCGUGGUCGUAGCUCGGCCGGUGGCUGUAGCUCGUCCAGUGGCUGUCGUUCGACCGGUCGCCAUUGCUGCUCCCGCUGUGGCUACCGUGGCUGCCGUUCCGGCGGUCACCGUCGGAGGUGGUCUCGGCAGUUACGGUGGUUUCGGUGGCCUGGGUGCUGUCGGCGGUGGCUACGGUGCCGGAUACGGUCUCGGUCACGGUGCUGGUCUCGCUAGGCUUGCUGUCGGUGGCGGCUACGGUGGCGGCUACGGUGGUGGAUAUGGUGGUGGAUACGGCUACGGCCACGGCGCCGGCCUUGGCAAGCUGGGAGUUACUUACGGCCAUGUCGCUAAGUGGUGAAUAUGCACCCUUCGGAAUGUUCUUGGAUGCAGUGACAUCAUCGCCAAAUCAACGCAGUGAACAGGCGCGGUUUCCCUUGGGCUGAACAAGGAGCUUUAAUUUAUAUUUAUUUUAAUUUUUCAUAAACCCUCACUGCCUGAACUUCUUUACGCAUGAGCUUUCAUUAUACGCAUGGGUCUGGUUCAAAAUUGGGAACUACAAUUGAGAAAAGUUUGCUACUAGCCGGCAGACAAGUUCGGUUUUGAGGUUUGUUACUAAAUAAAAGAAUUUGUUACAAAACGA